AAUUUACAACAACCACCGAAUAAAAAGAAAAAAAUUCAACAGAAAAAAGAAGAAAAUGAAGAAGAAUCUUUAACAGAAACAAUUAUUCCAGAUCCAUUUAUUUUAAAUGAAUCAGAAUUGGAUAUUUCUACUUUUUUGCAAAACGGGAAAAGUUUUCGCCAAUUUAGUUGCUGUUCGUGUUCCAAAUGAACAAUUACUUUUAACAUUACAAAGGAAGGGAGACUUUGUUGAUUUGGUUACUCUUGAUGGAAUUUAUAGGGAAGUUGGAGGUAUUUCUUGGUUAUUUAAACAAAAAAUUGUUCAAAGUUGUGUUAAUGUUGGUAUUUAUUUUGAGAUAACUUAUUCUAAAGCUUUGCAAGGUUCUGAAAUGAGAAGACAAUUUUUUUCAUGUGCAAGAAAAUUAAUUGAAAUUACAAGAGGUGGUAAUGGAGUUAUUUCACUACGAGCUCCUUAUGAUGUUGGAAAUUUAAGUACACUUUUUGGACUGCCUCUAAUGUCUGGAAGGAAAUUAAUUUCAGAAAAUGCCCAGAAUGUAUUGCUAAGGGCUCAGACACGCAAAACAAUUAAAGGUGCAAUACAUGUCACCAAUUUUUCAACAGAAAGCCCGGUUAUUCCCUCUGCUACUGGUCAAAAUUCUGCCCAAGUGCUUAAACAAUUAUCAAAAAUUGAAGAAUUCAAAGCUGAAAUGAAUGAAAUAAAUGAAUCAAGUUUGAAUUUAUGA